AUGGGCAGUGUGUGUGAGGCUUUAGUCCGACCUGAUGAAGGAGAAGCUCUUACAGGCCCAGACGACCGUGACCUAAGUAGGCAGCUAGCGAGGCAGCGGAUUGAGGUCACGUCAGCACAUCUUCAGCCGGCAGAACUUAAAGCAGCUGCUUGGCGGUUUGUG